AAUGUCAUAACAAACCCGCGGGAGCAGCCACAAAGUUCACGUUCACGCAAUGCUCCUUCCCGCAGUAAAUUUGAUGAUGUGCCGGUUUGCCGUCGCGAGACGUUGUAUCCACACAACGGGCCUGGCGGCGAAAUCUCAAUCCGGUCGGUACAAAAUCACCCCGAGAGGCGACCGCCCGCUGACGUACGAAAUGGCCAACCCGCCGUACCAGAUUGCGCAUCGCAAGGCGUGGAACUCGUGGAAUACGUCGAACCUGGAAGGGGAACUGCGACCAUCGCAGACGAUGCUGGAAGACGAUUUCGUGCGCCGCUUCAUGACCGGCACCUGGCACGGAUUGGUACUGUCGGAGGUAAUUAUCAAGCGCCAGCACAACCACAUCCGGAUAGCGGCAAUCAUCAGUCGAUCGGUGCCGGCCCGGAAAAUGUACUUCCUUAUCGGGUACUGCGAGGAGCUGCUGUCCUACUGGUUACAGUGUCCGGUCACGCUCGAGCUUCAGACUACUGACGGUAGGAAGGACGUUAUCUUUAAAUACAUUUAAAACGGCAGCCGUGGCGUGGCAGUAGAAUAAAAGUAAUACCGAAAUGGGUAA